CGUACGUGCGGGGGCACGCACGGCCCCUUGGCGGCCUGGAAUGCUGGUUCGCCUGGAGCCACGUGACCCAGCGGCGUCCGCGGGCCGAGGAACGGGAGCUGAAUGACUGCCCAAAGGAAAAAUGUGGUUGCCUGGCAGUCGUCACUCCAGCUGAUCUGCAGAACGGUGGCAGAAGUCAGUGUACUAGAGCAUCUGUAACAAAGAAAACUUCUGUUUCACUAAGUAUCCAAACAUGGGUGACAUGAAGACUCCAGAUUUUGAUGACCUCCUAGCUGCAUUUGACAUUCCUGAUCCAGACCUUGAUGCCAAGGAGGCUAUCCAGUCGAGCAGUGAGGAGGCAGAAAGUCAUCUGAAGCAAGCAGGGAUGGGUAUAGAUGAAUUGUCUAUGCACCACCCCAUACCCGAUGUCCCAGUGGUGAGUGUUAUUGUUAAGAACACCAGCCGACAAGACUCCUUCGAUUCCAUUACUGAAAAGGAUGGCCACUCACUUGGACAUAAUCUACUUCAAAAUGGGUUUCGGAAUUCUGAUAUUGCCUCUGAUACCCAUAGUCUUGGAAAUAGUUACAGCAAGAUGGUCACUGCUUUCAUUAAUGGAGAUAAUUCCAGAGGCUACUCCGAUAAGUUUGACACACCAAGGUCAGAAGCUCUACCAGCAUUCAGUCAGUUUAGCCCUAUUUCUAGCCCAGAGCCAGAAGAAACCAUUCAGGAUGCUAAUGUUGUGGAUAACAUGAAAAGAGAUGAGAGACCUUACCUUGGUUCUGUAGGCCUGUACGUUUCUACAGAGAAUUCUUUAAUGGACAGGUCAAGGGACCGACCUGAACAAGGUGUGACUGAGCUGAGCAUGUUUGAUGAAUAUUCUAAAAAACGAGAGAAAGCAAAUGAAAUUAGAAACUGCAACCUGAAGGAGGCCAGCUUCGGGCAGAGGGUAAACUCAAUAAAUGUAUCUGAAGGUGUAGAGAAAAAUGACAAGGACUUUGAUAAAAGCAACAGUUUGUUUGACAGCUUGCAGCCAUCAUGUGACCUCCAUAAAAAUAAUGUAGAAGAACCAAAGAGCAGCAGUGUUCCAGAGAUGACCUUGUGUUCUUCUGUCCCACCUCGCCAGCGUUUAAAAUCAGAUCAUUCAAAGCUGUCGUCUUGCUUAGCAGCAUUAGUAGCUCUUAAUGCCAAAAAGACAUCAGAAUUCCCAAAGGAAGAACAAAAAGAAAACUUUAAAGAAUCCUUGUUGGCUUUGAAUGAUGGGAUCAAGAGUAGCCCCAAGAUGGCAAAGUCGCCAAAGAGUCCGAGGAGCCCAAUGGAGGGAGUAAAGAAAAUGAUAAAUAAACAGCCUGAUAGCCCAAGGAGUGUGUCCAGUGACUACAGUGGCAAAAGCUCCCCCUACGUUGCAACAGGUUCACCACCAGCCAUCCCGAAAGUAAGAAUCAAAACCAUUAAAACUUCCUCUGGUGAAAUUACGAGGACUGUGACAAGAAUAAUGCCAGACUCAGAACAGAGUGAGUCAAGGAGUUCGCCAGAACAGUCGCUGACUGAAAUGGCUUUCACUGAGGAGUUAAAUUUAAGAUCUAGUCCUUUGACCAUUUCAUCGUCACAGACCCAUACUUCAACAACAGUCGAAAAUGGAAAGAAGCAAACAUCAACCAGAAACAUGGCUGAUGCUGUUAGUUCUUUGUCUAGUAUACCUAUCAAAGGACCUGAAAACGUAGACGACAAUAGCAACUUGAAAGCCAUAGCUGUAACAAAUGUACUAGCUGAGGAUCCCAGCAGUGCCACCAUGAAAGUUGCUGGCAUGCCCCAGCAGAAGCAGACUGCAGUAAAGCACUCAUCUAAUAUCGCUACCACAAAUCUUCUGCCAAAAGCUAUUCACCUGGCAAGCCUUAACUUGGUUCCACACAGCGUCGCAGCUACUGCUACUGCAAGGUCCAGCACUUUGCGGCAGAGCCAACAAAAGAUUGCCACUCAGGUGGUAACAGUGCCACUGGUACAACAAGUCAAGAAUGCGGUUUCACAACAUAAUGAAUCUUCUACUUCAAAUCCGAACAUUGUUGUCGAAGCUUUUAACAAACUGUUAAAUAGUACAAAUCCUGUGCCAAUCUAUGCUCCGAAUCUUAAACCACCUGCAAACAGUAAUGUAACCAUGCCAGCACGUGGCUAUCGUUGUUUAGAAUGUGGAGAUGCAUUUGCUCUAGAAAAGAGCUUAUCGCAGCAUUAUGAGAGGCGAAGUGUCCACAUUGAGGUGAUGUGCAGCCAUUGUUCCAAAAUGAUGGUGUUCUUCAACAAGUGCAGUUUGCUUUUGCAUGCACGGGAGCACAAAGGUAAAGGUGCAGUUAUGCAGUGCACUCAGCUACAGAUGAAACCCAUCCCUUCAGACCAAAUGUUUUCAGCUACCCCAGUGACGUCUUGUGUACCGUCUGGUCCUCCUGCCCAGGCUACAACUCCCUCCCAAACUGUUGGGAGUUUGACAGUAAUUGGGGUUGACAACCCAGCUUUCAGUCAUCCUGCCAUGCCUCUGCGCUGUGACUCACUUCGAUUAAUACGCCAUGGCUUAAAAUGUCUUGAAUGUUAUCAGCAAUUCCAGGAUUACAACAGCCUUGCGAGCCAUUACCAGCAGAUGACAGAUGAUGCUGAGACACCAAAUUGCCGAGUCUGCCAGAUGAUGCUGCCCAAUAAAUGCAGUUAUGCUGCUCAUCUCCGUAUUCAUGCUCACAAGUCCCCUUACUGUUGUCCAGAGUGUGGUGCAGUGUGCCGUUCAGCUGAUUUUCAAACUCACAUCAAGGAAAGGUGCCUACACUAUGCACGGACAGUAGUGUAUAGGUGUGUGCACUGUGGAAUCAUCUUUAGUGAUUCAAAUGCUCUCAAGAGUCACCUCCAAGGCACCCACUGUGAAUUUUUCCAUAAGUGCACAAUUUGUCCAAUGGCCUUCAAGUCAUCCCAAAGCGCCAGCUCUCAUUACAGCUCUCAACAUCCAUUCGUUAAACACUGGCAAUCUGAAGUCAUCUUAAAGUGUUCAAUGUGCGAAACUGUAUUCAACCAGCGAGCUUUGUUACAUAAACACUUGGAACAGCACAAAAACAAGUUGAAAGUGUGUGUGUACAAGUGUCCUGUGUGUAAACUGCUCUACAUGCACAAACAACUGAUGAUGGAGCACUUCAAGGAUGUUCAUAAUAAUACACAAACCCCUGAAAAGCCUCCAAGCCCCCUGCCUCCCUCCAAGGACACAUCCAGUGACCAGAAAGCAUCUACAAUGCAAGCAUCUACUAAUGGUGUCACCCCCAACAGUUUGAGCGACAAAAAGGACGAAGCUACUGUGGAGAAGUCUGAAACGCGACCAAAAGUUAGGAGGCCUGGCUGGACAUGUGCCGAAUGCCUGCAGUGGUUUCCAGAGAGAGAGCUCUAUGUAUCCCAUAUGAAGAGAAGUCACGGAAAGUCAAUGAAGAGGUAUCCAUGCCGACAGUGCGAUCGUUCUUUUAAUUCCUCUCACAGCCUACGGAGACAUAUCAGAGUCAACCAUGAUGGUGUCAAGAGAACCUACACUUGUUGGUACUGCACAGAUGAAAAGCACUUUUUUGCUAAGCGCUUCAUGCUGGAGAAACACAUCAACCUAAUGCAUGGCAUCAAGAAUCCAGACUUCAGCCAGAUGCCAAAAGCUGUGCAUGCGGGCACCAACACAACAGUGGAGGACUUGCCUGGCAAACGAAUGGCUAGUGACUCAGAAGUGGGUGAGCUAUCCAGCUCCGACAUCUUGGCAUCGCUCCCUAAGAAGCUGAAGGUCACAGUGUUCAAGCAAUACAGAUGUUCCAUAUGUGGCUACAUGACCAAGAGCCAAGCUGACUUUCAGCAGCACAUUCCUCAGCAUAAGUCUGACGGUUCCACCUUUCAGUGUUCCCAGUGUGGGCUUUGUUAUACAUCUCCAUUAUCCCUGAAUAGGCACCUCUACAUCGUCCACAAACUCAAGGAACCUGAGAAGGUUCAUACAGCCGAUGUGAUUAGUGAAAACGGACAAGAUGAACAGAACGGGGAGUCGAACACUACAUCGGAGGAGGACGUUGAUCUUCAGUGCCAAGUCUGCAAAGAUAUUUUUGACAGUGAGAUGGCGUUGAGCGCUCAUGUACGGACUCAUGGGAUGAGGUUUAUAUUAUCCAAGCAGAAUGGAGGAUCAGAACAGUGACUGCACUGACACUAAGGGAAGACUUUUUAAUACUUCCUCUUCCUGAAUGGAUCACAUGGUGAACCCCAAGAUAAACCUGCAUUCAUUGAUACAUUACACAGCAACAUAUAGACAAGUGAAGGAAAGUGGUACUUAUUCAAUGUUAACAGACAAGCUUCUCCCUGCCCUUGUAAAGCUCCAUGAAAAUGAAGCAAGUUUUGCUUCAGGAAACACCAUCCAGAAAACGCUGUAUCUUUUUGCCCUUUUUCUUGCUGGUAUCGAACAAUAGAUUUUAUAGUUUCUACCACCCAAUGCACAAGCAGAACCUCUCGGAGAAAGCAAGCCAAAGAUGCUUUCUGCACCCUGCAGCCCUUAACGCCCUCAAACAUUUGUGACACGUUUUUACCUGUUAUGUGGUUUUGCACUUGCGUGUCUCAGUCCAGCUUCCAUUUAAACUCCGCCAUGGACCCAAGUAGCUCAGAAGCUAUAAUUAACGUGAGCAGAAUCAUGUCCAACUGCUUUUGUGUUAGGUCAGAGUUGGGAAUUAAAGAUUCUGUGUCUUUAUCUUUUAAGCAAAUGAAGUGACUCCAAGUGAAUGGAUGCUCCCCUUUUUUAAAAAAAAACAUAUUGACAUUUGAUGUGCAUGCAAAAUGGAGUCACAGCAUUGAAGUAGCUUAUUUUAAAUAACUUGUCUACCCAUCCCUUAUUUAGAAGUAAGUAUACAGAUUAUACUAAGUGUAACUCGGCAAUCCACAGUGAUGUCCUUUCUUGUCACCCUUAUCCUUUUGUGUGUUUUGUUCGACUGGCAACCCUGGGGUAAUGCUUUUCCUCUGUAAAUUUUGGGGUUUAUUUCUUCUGGUCUGCGUGCCUGUUGCCCUACUGACAAAGCACAGCAUCAUUGCACUCGGACCACAUCUGCAGCGCAAACCCUUGAGUGCUGUCGUUGCAAUCAACAAUAUAGGCACGGUGAAUUAUGUCUGACAGUUACCCACUAAACCCUACUUUAAAAUCACUCCACUGGUUUUCUUUGCGUCUUGAAAUUCCAGUGUGCACUUAUUGCACCUCUGUAUCGCAACGUGAUUACUCAAAAAUGAGUCAUGCAGUGUUCUUUACACUCAUUUGAGGAUGGUUCAAGAUUAUGUCACUGUAGUUGUUACAAAUCAUGUAAAAUCACACCUUGAUGUUAAGCUGGAGGCAAAGCUACUUAGAAUCAUAGACUUGCAACACAGAAACAGACCCUUUGGUGCAUUAAGUCUGUACUGGUGCCUUUGCCUGCACAAACCAUCUAACCUAAUCAUAAUCAGCUGGGGCAUCAACAUUAGUAGAAGUUUAAACAUGACCUCAGAUCUUUUGGUUUUGCUCCCGUUCCUGAGGAAUCUAGAUCUUCUGGGUGGAGAAGGCAGUGGAGCACUGUCCAGGGUCUGCUGUGUGUGGCUCUCAACCUUGAAGCUCCUCAAAGACCAGGUGACUUGUUCAAAAUGGCUUGUAUUUGCCUAAAAAUUACAAAAGUGAGAUUACAGCUUUGAAAUGAGAGGAAAAGCUGGUGUAACAUUCAGAGUUUUUACGCAGCAAAAGCCACAGCAUGUUGGAAUCAAAAUGGGAGAGAAUGGACUGAUGUUGGUUUUAUUCUUCAUUUAUUGAGGGCAAGCUGGUUUGUCAUAAUUUCAAUACUGUACAUUUCUGAAAUCUAGAAGCAUCUGUUGUUUAUUAAUUUGCAACAACCCCUCAUCAUGUUGAAGGAGUCUCCACAAACUCAGGUCUCUAGAAUUUUAAGUGCGAUUUACUAUUUUAAUUGUGUCAUGUGAAUGUGUAAUUAAAAUGACUGAAUUACUCCAGGACCAUAAUUUAAUUAUUAUCUUCUGAGAGUGUGCAACACUUGCCAUUCCAGCCCUGGGAGGGUUUACCUGCCUGACAUUGCUGAUUUGUUGAGUCUGCAGUGAUACCCUAUGCAUCAAACACUGGCAAAGGUACACAUGCCGUACAGAAUACAUGAUUGGAAUUUGAAUGGAUUUUACAAAGGGUGGAUUCCACACAGACAUCAGUUCACAGCCUAGAGUGCAUUUUGCCAAAAUUCCAAUUCUGUUCAGACUUGGACUCUGUCAGUCAGAUGUUUUGCAUCAUUAACUGUUCUGUCGAGAUGUGAGGUGCGAGAUCACCUCACGUUUGCAAGAUCACCAGUUAGCGCAAUAUCGAAUUGUGAGAUCUAAACUUCAGCAAACAAUGUGACGAGUCACAACUAUAUCAUUAAUUAAUACCCAUUAUUCUGUCUGUUAAACUAAGUUAUCAGGGAAGUUACUCAAAGCAUGCAAUAGAUUUAUUUCAAAAAAUAUAUUGGAACAAAUUAAUUCUUGACACUGAAUUUCUUAUUUUGAAAUUGUGCAGGGCGGCACAUGGUUAGCACUGCUCUGUCUCAGAAUUAGGAACCCAGAUUCAAUUCCACCCUCAGACAAGUUGGCUGUAUGGAGUUUGCGCAUUCUCCAUAAAUCUGCAUGAGUUACCUCCCACAGUCCAAAGAUUUGCAGGUUAGGUGAAUUGGCCAUUGAGCCUUAGGUGGAUUAACCAUUGGAAAUGUGGGGUUACAGGGAAAGAGUGACAGGUGGGUUGAAUUGCUAGGCCGAGUGGACUGCUUCCACACUGUAGGGAUUUUGUUAUUCUAAUUGAAGACUUUCCACUAAUUCCCAGUCAGUUGGGCAGAAAUUGGGCCCACUGUUUGCAUUCUGAGUAUUGCAGAAGUUUAAUUUGCAUUUUUAAGCAAAGGUGUAACUCUGGUGCUGGCGACCAGAGACUUGCACAAGCCACUGAAACCAUUCCUUUAAAUUUAAUCAUCAAACCCUAAUAUGACCAGUUAACUGGCACUUGUGUUAGGUUGAAACUCAAUGUUUAAGGUACAGAGAAGGACUCUGAAUUGUGCAGAUUUCUUCAUGUGGUGAAAUUGUUUAAUCUCACAUUGUUUUUCACAUUGAAUGGAGAUUGUGGACUUACAUGGAGUUGAGGCAGAUGUAAACUGGCUAUGUCCAUACACUGCAGCUUUCCAUUGUCUAUCCAUUUUCCUUCUCCCAGAUUACAGGACGUAUGAAGGGAGAUCUUGUUGAUUUGGAAGGUGCUUUUCUUGUUGUACAAGGUUGCACACUAGCUUGUUUUUUUCAGUCUCUCCAUGCCCGUUGAAAGCAAUGCCCAGUGAUCCCACUCACCUUGCUGUAAAUCACUUCAGAGCGUAGCUGAAGCUACUUAAUGACAGCAUCCCUCCCUUUCCCUGAGCCCCACCCUUCCCGCCACCUAUCCUGGGACAAGUGACAUGUUUCUCAGUGCCUGCUCAUUCAUUUUAAGCAGACACUGUAGAAUGUAUGAGAUUGAAUCAGAGUCUGUGCCAAGGUUUCCUUCGUAACUGGGCUGUGCCAUGAGAAAGGAUGCUCAUUAACUGGCUUUUGUACUGCCAUUCUGUCUGCUUCCCAUGUGAAUGGCACUAAAGUGAUUUACAGGAGGAUCAAAUAAUGCAUUGUAAAAAUUAAAAGAAACAGAACUAAUGUAAUUCCCUGCUUAAACGACCACUGUACUGUACCUUGCUUAAAUUUUAUAAAAUUAAUUUCUUUAAAGAAAAAUGUAUCUCCCAUAUUACUCAAUUUUAUAAAUUACUUUGGAGAUUUAUAUUUAAUUGUAGUCAUAUUGACUAAAAUUUUCACGUGGACUUCCUAUUUAAGUGCUGUACUACCUUACGCUGUUGUGUUCACGUGAUCUUAUAUUAUUACACUUAAAGGGCGUAGCCCAGACUCUGAGCACAAUUUUGUCACAAAAUCACUCUCCUCUACCAGAAGUAUUCAUUUUAAUUGAUUUCAUUUACAUAGUGCAGUUCUUGCUAAGUUGCGUCUUCUUGCUAAGUUGCAUCCUCUGCCUAUGGACGGUAACUUACUUGUUCCCAAGGGGUUGUUAACUUAUAUUUACUACAUAGAAGAAAUUAGUAAAUCUGGAUAAAUGCAGGGAGCUGGAUAUAGAAAGGGUUUUAAUAAUUGUGCAUCAAUUAGAGUCUGGAGUCUACCUUUAAUAUUUUUGAGCCAGAAUUCAGCUUUAUUAUUUACAGAAAAUAAUUUAAAAUAUUUAUCUUAUGGAUUUCAGCUCUGUUCACUUCCUUAUUUCACUGUUUUUUGAUACAACGUAUAGACAUUUGUACUUUUUGAUAAAUGUGUACAGUAGUCUGUAGAGAAACAUUUUGCAAGGUAACCUGUGUAGUUUGCUAAGGGUAGAUCUACAUGUUAUCAGGGAUUUUCCCCACCCCAAGCCAUCACCUCUCUAUUUAAUCUGCAUUGGCCUCUGUGCCUUCUUAUUAUGUUUACUUAAAAAUAUUUCAAAUAAAAGCAACAGAAAGUUAAUUUUUAA